AUGAGACUUGCGUUGAGUGGAAAAUGCAAAAUCUGCUUCAUCGAUGGCUCCCUCCCGAAGCCAGAUCCAGUUCUUGACCAUGCACUCGUUGAAUUGUGGCAGUGCACGAACGACAUCGUCACUACGUGGUUGCUGAAUGCGAUCUCCAAGGAUAUUACGGCAAGCGUCAUCUAUGCUGGAUCCGCGGUUUUACUCUGGCAAGAUUUGGAGACUCGCUUCUCUCAGAGCAACGCACCUAGCAUCUUUGAGCUGAAGAGGUCACUCAUGUCUCUGACUCAAGGCUCUCUCUUGGUCUCACAGUAUUUCACAAAGUUGAAGAUACUUUGGAAAGAACUCAACACCUUCAAGCCAUUGGUAUCUUGUUCCUGUGGUGGCAUUAAGCUGAUUCAAGCCUUUCUUGAUCAAGAAUAUGUGAUGCUGUUCUUUAUGGGUCUCAAUGAGAAAUUGGCAAGUGUUCGAAGCCAGAUCCUAUUGUCAGAUCCACUGCCUCCAAUUGGAAAAGUCUUUUCUCUUGUGUUGCAAGAGGAGAAGCAGAGAGCACUCACCUCUCCAAGCCAACAUAUGGACUUUGCUGUCAAACAGUCUCCAAGACCCACCGCUCCUUCUAGUCCCAAGGUGAAAGGGAGGAAAGAUCGUCCACUCUGUGCUCAUUGUGGGUUGCUGGGACAUACUGAAGACAAAUGUUAUCGUCUCCAUGGAUAUCCUCCUGGAUAUUCCCAGAACAAGCCUGUGAAUGCCAAAUCCCAAGUGCAUCAUGUUGCCAAGGCCGCUCAUGAACAAGAAAGCCAAGAUCCAUCUCUAACAUCCAGCUUUUCACUUAUAGCGGCUCAGUACAACCAAUUGAUGACUCUCUUGCAAACUCAGUAA